AUGAACUCGCCGGGCACAUACCUAUCACAGGACACAAAAUUUGCACAUCAGUCGUCUUAUCCGGGUGGCAGAGGACCCAACUUCAACGCGGCUAUUGGACGAUCGAGCGGAUACGUCGGCUUUUCAUAUCAGAGCCGCCAUUUACCUUUCCAUCUAUGGCACCAUCGUCGUCGCAGGGCUGCAGUGGCAGAGAGUUGCUGCGAGGCUGUGAGUAACAUCGGCCUCGAUUACCUUCACAGGAAAUCCACGAAGCUCAGCGAUUCGACCCGGUGGCCGGUUGGCGCAGGGAGACUCUGCAAUGCCGGUAACAUCUGCUUUGCCUUUGCUUUAAUGGCUGUUUCAAUGGUUCUGGUUGUCGAAUCGAUCCGCGCGCUAGCUAGCAGCGCACAUGAGCUUGGAAAAUUUGAGGUGGCUGCUAUUGUUGCUGCUGCGUGCGGAUUCGGCAUCAAACUUUUCUUGGCCAUCUACUGCUUCAUCUUUCGGAGAUAUAGUAGUCAAUUGCAAAUGCUUUGGGAGGACAACCGCAAUGACUGCUUUGAGUAUGGAUUCGCCAUCUUCACAUCUGCGGCUGGCGCUAAGCUGAAAUGGUGGGUUGAUCCCGCUAGUGCCAUGCUUAUUGCCUCUGUCAUUAUCGUCACUUGGAUCGGCACUAUACGUUCGGAGUUUCUGGAGCUCUGCGGACUAGGAGCCUCUCCCAGCUUAGUGCAGGAAAUCGUGUUCCUUACUCUUCGACAUUCUGAUUUAAUAUUGAAGGUCGAUACUGUCCGCGCAUAUCACUGGGGUGAGGAUUUGUUUGUGGAGGUGGACAUUGUCAUGGCACCUGAGUGCAGCCUUCGCGAGGCCCAUGAUGUCUCGCAAGAGCUACAAGACAAGCUCGAGACGGUCGAAGGUUUCGGUCGAGCUUUUGUACACGUUGACUACGGUAAACCUUUUGUAUGA